AUGACUAAGGAAUCAAAUAGGAUACACAGACUACUCUCGGUCCAAUCACAUGUUGUUCAUGGCUACGUUGGGAACUCUGCAGCCACAUUUCCACUACAAUACAGAGGAUGGGAUGUUGAUGCCUUAAACACUGUCCAGUUCUCCAACCAUCCAGGGUAUGGGACUUUUAAAGGUACAAGAUCUAGUGCAGAUGAUUUGAAAGAGAUAUAUCAAGGUUUAAAUGAGAUUGGUACGAGUUAUGAUGCUGUUCUAACUGGGUAUAUUCCAGGUGAUGAAGGUUUAAAAGCUGUUGGAGAAAUUUGUAAAGAUCUUGUGAGGAAUGAUCAUCAUGUCAAAUGGAUCUUGGAUCCUGUACUUGGUGAUAAUGGUAAAAUUUAUGUUAGUGAAGGUAAUAUUGAGAUGUAUAAGCAGUUACUUCAAUCUGGAUAUGUUAGUUUAGUAACACCAAAUCAACUUGAAUUAGAGGUUCUUACAGGUGUGCAAGUUAAAGAUUUAAAAUCAUUAGAAGAAGCCAUUACAAAAUUUCAUGAACUUUAUGAUACAAUUGAGAACCUGGUAGUAACAUCUGUUCAAUUUGAUGAUGAUAAAACUCAUUUAUAUAGUGCAGGCUCUACAAAAAUCAAUGAAGCAACCAUAACUCACAAGACAUUUCAUUUUAAAGUGCCAACAAUCAAUGCAUCAUUCUCAGGUUCUGGUGAUUUAUUUUCAGGCUUAUUAACAAGUGCUUUCUUCAAAUAUUAUGAUAGAUUCGAAGGUUCAUUAACAAAUUCAACUCCUAUUGAAAAUUUACCAUUAGUUCAAGCUUUAAAUGAAGUACUCACCAUAGUGGAGAAGGUUUUACUGCUCACAUUUGAAUAUCAAGUUGAACUUUAUAAGCAGAGGGGAGAACCAUUGCCUGAUUUUGUUAAAAUUAAUGAUCUUAAAUUAGUUCAAUCAAGAGAUUUUUUUCUUCAGGAUCUUGGGAAAUUUGAGCCUAAAUCAUUCAAUUGA